AUGAUCAGCCGCCUUCGCCCGACCGACUUCAAGAUCCUGUCCUUGACCACCAUAGCGUCACCACACAGGGGCUCUGCGUUUGCAGACUACAUGUUCGACACAAUCGGCCCUCGGCGGAUCAAGCGCAUCUACAAAGUGAUGGAAUACUUCGGCUUCGAAACAGGCGCGUUCUCGCAACUCACGCAGAAGUACAUGGCAGAGAGCUUCAACCCGCGAACACCUGACAUAGGAGACGUCAAGUACUACUCGUACGGCGCCUCUCUUGAGCCCAACAGCUGGUCCGUCUUUGCGGCAUCGCACGCGAUCGUCAAACGCACCGAAGGACUCAACGAUGGAUUAGUCAGGUGA